UGGGUUCCAAGAAACCUGGUGUUGGGUUCAUCGAACCCAGGCUCUGGGUUUCAAGGAACCCAGCUAGGUUCGUUGCCUGGGCUUGGGUUCGUCGAACCUAGCACUGGGUUCGAUGAACUUGGCAUUGGGUUCGACAAACCCAGGCCUAGGCGACGAACCCAGGUGAUCUGGGUCCCUCGAACCCAAGCGAUCUAGGUUUGGCCUGGGUUCGAUGAACCCAUGCGUUGGGUUCAACGAACCCAGCUAGGUUCGAAGGAACCCAUCGCCUGGGUUCGACGAUCCCAAGCUCUGGAUUCCUUCAAACCCGGUGCUGGGUUUGAUCAAACCUAGGCACUGGGUUCUUCAACAAAAAAAUAAAUAAAUUUUUUUUGUGUUUUUGUGGGUAUUGUUUGAUGAUGAUGAUGAUGAUGAUGAUGAUGAUGAUGAAUUUAUUGAUGAAGAAGGAAAGGAAGAGGAAGGAGAAAGGGAACAAGGAACGCCCAGUUGGGUUUGAAGGAACCCAUGGCGAGGGGCAUUGUAAGGCAAGGCAGACUGCUGUAGUCAAGGACAAAAGAGAGAAGCAGCAAAGGGAUAAGGGCCUAAUUUUGACAAUGGAAGCCCUCUCGAAGGCACUCCAAGAGCCCAGGACAACGCAUUUAUACAAUGAACAAGCAAACCAACUUCAUCUGGUUCUGUUGGAUGGUGUGAAUGUAAAGCAUCAAGAAUACUUUGCUGAUAUCCCUUCAACUGGGAUGGAUCCUGCCUCUAGAGAAGAUCAAUAAGCUGAGUUGACUACACUCUUAUUGUUGGCCAAUACACUUGGUUCAUUGUUUGGAUGCAACAGGUGCUACUACUCCUAAUUUAUCAUAACAAAUUGCUCUGUUUUCC